CUCCGCCUUUCUGGAUCUGGGAGGGGACAAGGGGAGGGAAACACAACAACAAUACUAUUAUUUAAAAAGAGAGGGAAAGGCCAACACGGAACGAGAGCGGGAGAGAGAGAGGAGAGAGAGAAAAAAAAAAUUACUCGCCAGUUCUCCGAUACGCCAUAGCUUGGUCCUCGGCCACCCUUCCAUCCUCUAGUGGACGACAGCCGCACCUCCUCGGGCAGAUCGGAGGCAGUCCUCCGGCCCCUGGUGGAUGGAACGCCCCACCGCGUUUUCGGUGGACGGUAGGGGUCACGGUUCUCCCGCUCCAGGCAGUCGUCCAGGAGCCCCUCCCCGCUCGCAGUCGGUGGUCCUCUCUUGACCCUGCCUCGUUUUAACAGCCGGUAGGGGUCUCCUCCGCCCAUGGCAGCGGCCCUGACUGCUCCAGGCGGUCGGCUAGGAGCCCCUCCUCCCCUUGCGGUCGGCAGCCGUUCCUCCGCUUUCAGGCGCCGGGAUCCUCUGUCCCCUGGCGGAUGACCACGUCUGCUCCAUUGGGGUGGAUGGUAGUGGCGAGGACUCUACUACGGCGCAUCCCUUCUCCUUCCUGGGUUUUUGGCACCAGUGUAACAAAGGAUAAAAUUUGGGAAAGGAGGAGGCGAGAACCAGCUUAACAAUAUAAAUAAUAUUUAAUGGUUAACUUAAACAAAAAGACAAACACAUACAGGGCAGCUGCCUGUAGCUCUCUCUCUCUCAAACUGCCGCCUCAGGUCGCCUUUAUCCCUCUUGGGCUUGAUCAGCCUGAUUAGGGGCUGGGUGUGCAGCAUCACAGCCCCGCCCUCCGCCCUGCCACACACAUAUACAGGAAAUACUGCAUAAGCAAGUUUAAAGGGUGUAAUGCAAUGAGUGACUAGUGUAUAGGAGGUUAGUCUAAGGGAUUUUAGCUACACAGGACAGACAAUUCAAUGAUCUGGCCUGGGCCUGUCAUAGAAACAAGCCCCACCCAGGAAUCAGUUAAGUGUAAGUACAAUAUUUCCAAAUUUUUUUAGGAUAUUCAGAAGCAGACAUUCCUGCUGCCAUCCUACAGUAAUAGUACAAAAUAUUCAAGUGAUCAAUGGUUGUAGCUAACAGUUUUUCACACAUUUUUAGUAAUUACAGGAGGCGCUGACACAGCCUGUCCCUUUUGUGUGUCAUCAAACCAUGGAUGUGGGAAAACACAUCUCUAAACCUGUCAUAGCCCUGAGUCACCUGACGUUUCUCACGUAUUACACCUCUUGCUGAAAGCCUAACUCAAAAGCUGGGCUUUGCUGACCUCAACUUGGCGGAGUUUGCUGGUUCAGGCUCCACUGUUCGCUGCUGUAUACUGGAGGGCUACGACACCAAGAACACUCGGCAGGACAACUCCAUACUCAAGGUUACCAUUGGUAUGACUCUUCUCUCUGGCGAUCCCUGCUUUAAAACGCCUGUGAGCACAGCUAAGACCAUUGCCAUAGCUGGACAGGACCCCUCUCUGCAGCUGGACCGCAAGGGAGAGGGCACUGCCAAUCACUCGGUGCCAGCUGUUGGCAGCAACUCUCGCCGAUCACUCAAAAGCAGACCCUCUGUGAACAACUCGGGAGGUCUUCAGGAGGGUUUGGAGGAGAACCUGUCCAGUCCAGAUGAAGUGUUUCACACAGGACACUCACGGAACUCCAGCUUUGCUAGCCAGCAGAGCAAAAUCUCAGGCUACAGCACAGAGUACUCUCGCUCAUCCAGCCCAGCGGAUCUCUCCCAGCACAGGCGCAACACCUCCACCAGCAGCAGCAGCACAUCAGGAGGGAUGGUUACAGCUACUGAGAGCCCUGUAGAGCCUGAGAAAGAGCUGGGAAAACCAGAGAGACCCCCACGUCCCCCCCGCCCUGCUCUGCCCCCAAACAGACCCGCAAGGAGAAAGCAGGACUCUGUGGAGAGCCAUCCCUCUUGGGUGGAUGACACUCGUAUUGAUGCAGAUGAUAUUGUGGAGAAGAUUGUCCAGAGUCAGAACUUUGCUGAUGUCAGCAACAAUGAAGACAGCAAUUUAACACUGUUCAUCAGUAGGGAUGGCACCACAGCGUUAAGUGGUAUCCAGCUGGUUAACAGGGUGUCUGCGGGUGUGUUUGAACCAGUGGUGAUUGAGAGCCAUUAGAUCUCUGGAGGCACAGCAGUCACUCUUUCUCUCUCAUGUACAGCCACUGCCACUUUUUUAUUUUAAAAUGAUGACAAGAGCAAGACAGGAACUGUAAGUCAGAAUGGGCAUCUGACUUCACAUCUUGCUUCUCUUUAGGUUUUGAUUUUUCUUUCUUAUUUCAACUGAAUUUAAAUCUGUGUACUCACAUAUUACAACAUUAACACCCUUAUGCAUUACAUUAGCAGAAAACGGAGGUGGGUACUUUUAUACUGUUCAUACAGUAGCUCUAAUUAAGACUUAAUAUUCAUUAAUGUUUUACUGCGGAAUAUAAACUACUUGAAAUGCCUUAAGAAGUGAGGCGUGAUGGGAGCUUCAGUCUAACACUGUGAAAUAUGAAUUUGAGGGCAGUCCCAAGGGUUUAGACUAAAAAUACAAAGUUUUAUUAAAACUAGUCUUUCGUAUAUUAUUUGAUCAUUUGAAUGUAGAAUGUAUCUUUGACUUUUAUUUCUUUACAUUGUAUUUCACGCCUGUAUUUUAUGCUCAGUUAAGGUUACAAACCACUCAAAUUUAUUUGCCCUUGUACACUUUGUAAAACUGAUGCAGUUUAGUCCACUCUACUUAGUAGCCAGCCCAUUAGCCUGUUUUAAACAUUGAAAAAUAUGCCUGAAGUCAUAUAUGGCUGGCCAUACAAACAUGUCAGGCUAGGAAAAAUCAUUUUGGCCAUUCCCCCAUACUGACCUGUUUUAAGUAUCCUAACUUGUUAAAAUUAGUUUGCUUGCAUGUUCCAGCUGGACUGGUGAACAUGACAUUAAUAUAAAGGCCACUUUCUUUUUUCUUUCUCAUUCUCUUUUUAUUUCAUUUUCUCCCUGCUAUUUUACAAUACCCCAUCUGUGUCUCUGUCUCUCUUUUUCUCUCUGUGUUUCACUGUUUAAAUUACUAUGCUGCUGGUUUCAGCUGUGAAUGUUCAUGUGACUAUGACAGCACUGUAUUGUCACUAUUAGCAUACAGCUGGAUGCAGCUGAAUGCAUGACAGUACAGUAAAGUCAUUUAUAUGGUAUUCUAUUGAUAGGGUCUUGUUAGUAUCACAAUAAUCAUAUAUACUGCCCAGAAAUACACUUUAAGAGCAUUGUGCAGCUAAUAGCUAAGUGGCACAGAGAAAGAGCAAAAGACUGUAUUUUAUCUAGAUGUCUUUUGUAUACGUUACAGGGCAAAGCUGUAAAAAUGAAUUGUUUGUAGGGUUAGAUCAGAGACAGUGACUCGUAGUCACACGAUAACCGACUCUGUAUUUCUGGCCAGCACCUGGUGUGCACUGGGAUACAGCUGGGAUUUCCAUUCUGUGUUUCUGUAUCAUGUUCAUUGUGUUAAUUGUUUGUUAUCUAGUUAGCUAGCCAUGAUCAUUGUAGAGAAGAAUCUUUCUCAGUUGAUCUGAGAGAAUUCAGCAGAUUUCCAAACUGACGUUGUGAGUUCUGUACUCAUUUCGCACAAAUUUUGUUUUGUCAGUAGAGAAAAGUGCAAUGUAGGCCUGUUAUUGUUAUUCUGUCCAUUUUAAUGAAUACUUUCAGGGAAAUUUGCCCUAAAAUGUUUUUAUUCUGUCCAGUGACUUAAAAUUGCAUGCAUAAACUGAAUCACUGUUCACUAUUGUAAUAAAGAAGUGAGGCUGGUUACAUUUGAAAGUGUUGUAAAUCCAUAUUAAUGGACAUUUUGUUAUUCAUGCCCCAUUUUAAACUUGGAUUAACUCUUAAUCUUAGUCUGUGGCAUGAGCCAGCUGCUUUUCUGCAGGAUUAUGAAAUAAUAUCUUAUUUUAGUACUCCUGGAAAUGUGAAAUAACACUAUCUUCGAAAGGGAGAAAUAAAUUAUAUUUAUGCUGUCCUAUAAAGUCUAGUGUUUUGGAAGUUUCAGUUUAGCUAGUAUAAAGGGAUUCUCUGAAGACACUGAAAAAUGUAUCUAAUUGUUUUCAUUGUUUACUCUUUGCACCUCUGUUGUCUAUCUCCAAAAAAAAAAAAAAAAAAAAAGCUAUUAGCAAUUUAUACUAAUAAUAACUCUUUCCUGUCAUCCUGUAUUUUCGAACCAGCAGGCUGGUUCAUUGGAAUGUUAACUCUUUCUGUAGGGAUUUUUCCGACCUUGUUGUUAAAAAAUUCUAUAAUGUCUAACAUUGAGAUGGCAUGAAAAAAUUCCAAUGUUCAUCUAUGAUUCUUAUUGUCUUUCUCUACUCGCUCUUAAAAAGACUUUUGUAAUGUUAAUGUUAAUGUUUUUUUUGUUUUUUUUUCACAAUUGACUGUAAUCUGUGAUCUUUUUAAAGCAGAGGAGUAGAUGUAUACUUGGUUUAAGAUGCUGUUGCAGGAAGCUGAACGUAGUCUAUGUUAAAAAACAACAACAUUGUUUUGGAAGCAAGAGGGACUAUCAUUCCCCUAUCUUUUAUAGUUUAUGUACAUUUCAGUAAUCUGGAGCUUUACUUUUUUAUUAUUUUAUUUAAAAGUGUUAUAUCAGUCCACACACAUUUACAUUUUUGAAGCGGAAUCCGAAAUUAAGCAAAAGAACAUUUUGAUUUUUAAACAAAAUACAUUUGAAAUAUUUAGCAAUAAAUUCUAAAAAUCUCAAGGAAUAACUGCACUGAAUAGCACAGAAAUACUGAAAAACAGAAAACUCCAGAAUACUGAAACCUCAGAUUAUAUAUAUAUAUAUAUGUUCACUACAACAGCACUUAAAUACUGAAAAGUAACUAAUGUCACUCACACAUUCUUCUGAGUGGUGAUCAUAGUUUGGUGAUCAAGGAUGCAAGCUGUGCACUUGAGUCUUACAGAAUGCUUUCAGCAUCCAUAUUAAUUACAACAAAAGAAAAGAAACAAUAUUCUCUAGAUUUCUUUAAAAAUGUAUAACAUAUAUAAAUGAAUUUACCACUAAAGUACUAUGGAAAUGAAUUUAUUUUUCUGAUAUGGUGACAAAUAUUUAUAUUUUAAGAUCACACACAUAAGCAAUGUUAUAUUGCUUCAAAGUUUUCUUAGUCUCAUGUUUGGUUUAGUGCAUGGAGAGGAAUACUAUCUUUCGAUGGACCUGAACUAUAUUU